GUCCGGGCGGGCGGAGCGCGGGCGUGGCGGGGGCGGGCGGCCGGGCCGGUCGGGCGGGUGCGCGGGGCGCGCGGGGCCCGGGGCCGGAGUCGGAGCCCGGCGGACGCCAUGGAGGGGCUGCGGCGGGGGCUGUCGCGCUGGAAGCGCUACCACAUCAAGGUGCACCUGGCGGACGAGGCGCUGCUGCUGCCGCUGACCGUGCGGCCGCGGGACACGCUCAGCGACCUGCGCGCCCAGCUGGUGGGCCAGGGCGUGAGCUCCUGGAAGCGCGCCUUCUACUACAACGCGCGGCGGCUGGACGACCACCAGACCGUGCGCGACGCGCGCCUGCAGGACGGCUCGGUGCUGCUGCUGGUAGCCUGGGCUGGAGGAGACAGAGCCAUGACCGAGGGGACCCAGGUACUGGCUGAAGGAACAUGCUGGGGUAGGGGACACUUUUGGAAGGUACUUUUUCUGCCUCCUGGGAGCCUAGAUCUCACUCCAGGGUCUGGGCUCCCAGGAGGACCGUGAAACCCUGGCCUGACCAGCUGAUGCACGUUGCUUCAGACACUCCUGCCAGAGCCCCAGUCCCUUAUGGACCUAGGACAUUGUUGCUCCUGCCCAGCCUACCAGGAGGGAGCCUUGAGCCUUUCAGCUCUGCUGUGUGACUUUGAGGCUUUGGCUCCCCUCCUGGGGCCCUGGGUACCCUGUCUUCAGUGGGAAGCACUGUGCCACUGUGGAAGGCUCCCAGGGACAGCCAGAGGGCAUCGCAUGAAGAGAAGCACAGGGGAGAGGAAGAGCACUCGGAGGCACUUCCCGUCUUGCCCACGACAUUCUCCCAGCCACACCUUUGCCCAAGCUGUGCCCUCUGCCUGGAGCACUUUCAACCUCUUCUCUGCAGCUCUAAUCCACCUGGGGCUGCAGCCUCCUACAGGAAGUCUUCUCGGAUUCCCUCCUUCCCAGGCAGAGAGCACCUAGCCCUCAUUGGGGCCCCCACAGGCCCUUCGUGCAGUGAACAGCCCUGGCUGGAGGGGCAGCCAGUCCUGCCCGAGCUCUUUAGUGACUAAGUGGGGAGACGCCGUCAUCGCAGCUCCUUCUCAGGCCUCCAAUAGCACCCCAUCUCCACCCCAAGUACCUCCCCAGCAGGCACCAGUGCCCACCACAUGGGCGGUUUCCCCUUCCCCUUAAAUCUGGAUGCCUCGCUGUCUGCCAAGGGUCUUGAGGUGGUGGGGGAGGGGGUCUGAAGGGCUCUGGCCAAGCGCAGGCGGAUCUGGGGGUGGGGAACUGGGCCGAGGCAUGGGAGGUCAUCUCAGGACUUUGCAGGCAAUGAGUCGUGGGAAUUCCAGGUGGAGACCCUCAGGGUUGCACCUCUGACCUGCAGCCACACUACCCUUGCUUGGCCCCUAGGGAGGGAAUUGGGGGAGGGGGCACAGGGGCCGUGUAUGUCUUCCAGGGCCAUGUUCCCUCUCCAGGCACCACGGGCGGAGGCGCUGGAACCUGGAGCCUGGGAAAAAAGAAUUGAUUUUUUUUUUUGAGACGGAAUCUUGCUCUGUCCCCCGGGCUGGAGUGCACUGACAUGAUCUCAGCUCACUGCAACCUCUGCCUCUCGGGCUCCAGUGAUUCUCCUGCCUCAGCCUCCCAAUUAGCUGGGAUCAGGCCACCACGCUAAUUUUUUGUAUUUUUAGUAGAGACAGGGUUUCACCGUAUUAGCCAGGACCUGACCUUGUGGUCUCCCCCACCCUUCGGCCUCCCAAAGUGCUGGGAUUACAGGCAUGAGCCACUGCGCCUGGCCAGGAAGAAUUUUUUUUUUUUUUUGAGACAGAGUUUUCCUCUUGUUACCCAGGCUGCAGUGCAAUGGCACGAUCUCGGCUCACCGCAACCUCCGCCUUCUGGGUUCAGGCAAUUCCCCUGCCUCAGCCUUCUGAGUAGCUGGGAUUACAGGCACGCGCCACCAUACCCAGCUAAAUUUUGUAUUUUUAGUAGAGACGGGGUUUCACCAUGUUGACCAGGAUGGUCUCGAUCUCUUAACCUCGUGAUCAGCCCGCCUCAGCCUCCCAAAGUGCUGGGAUUACAGGCGUGAGCCACCGCGCCCAGCCAUGGAAGAAUGUUUUAAUGAAGAGUCCUGUUGACAGGUGGACAUGUAAUCGCCACCACCGGGACAGCUGCGCCCAGACUGCGCGUUUGCUUAGCUUAGCUCGGGGAUGGCCGGGCGGGCUCCCGCUCGCCUCCCCUCAGAGCAUCUGCUGAAUGGGGGCCGUCUCGCCUCCACUUCCACUUGGCCGAGAGGAGGGGGAGAUGGAGGGGAGACAGAGAGAGGGGCCCCCCUUCACUCCAGCGGGCAGAACUGCCGGAGCUGCUUUGCAGAGUGACUUGGGUCUUGCUGGCUCCCAGGUGUACCUGGAGGGGGGUCUUCCUAUCCCCUCUCCCGCCCUUGGUGCCUAGCCCAGGACCUUGUCCACGGAGACCCCACUCCUGGAGCUCCUCCUAGAGCAGAGUCUUCUGCUGUCUAUUCCGCAGAGGGUAAACUGAGGCCCACAGAGGCUGUCAGGGACACAGCAGAGGGAGGCAGCUCAGAUCCCUGCUCAUGCAUGGUUUGCGCCUCUGCUAACAGCUGGGUCACGCGUGUCUGUCUCGAGCCUGGGUCCCCUCCAGCACUCAUUUCUCUGUGCUUAUUCAGGGACCUGCCUCCAUCAGGGUUUGGCUAGAAAACGGGCAUUUCGGAAUCUCCCCAGUUCCGUUCCUUGGUCCCUGCUCUGUGCUGGGACCUGCGCAUGUCUCUUUAGAGCUCCGUCUCACUCAGCGGAGGCCGGGAUGACGGCCCAUUUCAGAGAUGGCGUUCAGCUUGCCCGGGGUCACCACCCUCUGGACUGGUGUCCCAGCAGCCUCUGAACCGAGGGUCCCCAGCCCAGGCCGGGAGCUGGUGGAGGAAGUGGGGAAGGGUUUCCUGCUUCUUGACUUGGGGUGGAGGUGGGAGAAAGCAUUUUCAGGGCGUUUUGACAUUUAACAAACAGUAUGCAAAUUGCAUGCAGAUUACAUGCAAAUCAUCACCCAUUUCUUAAGCCUUGACAGUGCUGGCUGGCGUGUUCUGAAAUAAUAAUGUUGGGCCUGUCUCUUGGUGAUGACCUGGGGAGGGAGGUGCGCAGCCUUCUUCCUCCCUCUUCCCAUCCGAGCCCGUCUCUCCUCCUUCGCCCCCUUCCUUCCCGCUCCGUCUCCAUCUUCCAUUUUUCUCUUCCUUCUUUGCAUCAUUUGUCGAAGGCCUCCCUGGCCUGACAUAGACAUUAGCUGCAAAAGUGGUUUCCUGCAGCCCAUUUUCGAGGUUGGAAAACUGGGGUGUGAGCCUAGGGUCCCACAGCCACACCGUGGAAAGCGGCCCCGACGGAGUGUCACCGUGUACCAAAGUGCCAAGGAGGAGAGACGACAGUGGCUGCAGUUGUCGGAGCUGCUCUGAGGAAGCCGCAGGCCUGACAGGGCUUGACAGGGCCAAGGGGAGCGAUCGUGGGGUUUCUGGGCCCUCAAUGACAGGCUGCUGGUUUUGGAUCUGGGGAAGGCUCACACUGACUCUUCCCGCUCCUCCCGUCUGUCUUUCUCCUGCUCCUCCAGCCACAUGUCCCUGAGUUCUGGCCACAGUCCCUCCACUUGGUUUGCAUGUCCCACCUUCUUUGUUUGGCAAACUCCUAUUCAUCCUUCAAAGCCCUAGCUUCAAUACCCGCUUCUUCAUGCAGCCAUUUCUUAUCCUUCAAGGAGAGCCUACUUCCCUCGAGGUUCUGCUGCUUCCAGUCUCACCUCUGACUCACUCGGGGAUCUUCCGAACUGGGAGGUUUGUGUCUCCUCUGAGCAGUCAACAGUCAUCGCUACUCUUGGGGUCUCAGGAUCACCCAGCUUGGAGCUAGAUACAGAGAUGCUGUUUUGAGAGGGUACCGAAUAAAGAUUCAACGUUUGUCUGAAACCA